UGGUGGAGGUGGAAUAUUGAGUUGGGGGCUAUGGGUGAGUGGUGGAGGUGGAAUAUUGAGUUGGGGGCUAUGUGUGAGUGGUGGAGGCCGGUUCUCUGGAGAGAAUUCUUCCAAGAGAGAGCUAGAUCGGGCCGUUAGAGAUCGCGGGGAGAGAGAGUCGGGGGAUACGGGGGCGAAGGCAGGAACGGGGAACUGAUUGGGGAUGAUCAGCCGUGAUCACAUUGAAUGGCGAAUGGUGCUGGCUGGAAGGGGCCGAAUGGCCUCUACUCCUGCACCUGUUGUCUGUUGUCCCACCUUACAACCAUCCUGUCCUCUAUUUCAGGGAUCUGUGGACUUAAAUCCCAAGAUUAAUAUCUAUAUCUCUGCUGUGAAGAAUAUUUUUCAAGUUGAUUCUGUCUGGAAUGGAGUGCGGAGGAGAGGAGGGAGUGGUGGAGGUUGGCUCAGUGGAGAAGAGGGGGGAGGAGGAAGAGGGGGUGACUCCCCCAGCGCUGGACCCUGAACAUUUGCCGCCAGCGAGGGGUGACCCCGUGAGAUUUUGCCGGCGUUCCCCCGUGGUGCCGGGCCCGGCUCCGCCCACGGCUGCUCACCGCUGCCCGCAGUGCCAAUUAUCGUUCCCCACCCCGGCCCGCCUGCUGGUGCACCGGGCCACCCACUCGGGGGACCGCCCCUUCCUGUGCGACGUUUGCCAGGAGCCGUUUGCCGAACCCUCGCGCCUGGCGGCCCACCGGCGCGAACACGCGGGGGACCGGCCCUACCAGUGCCCCGUCUGCCCGCGGCGUUUCGCCUACGACUCCUCGCUGGCCAUGCACCGCCGGGCGCACGACGGCGGGACUCCCUACCGCUGCGGCACGUGCGAGGAAUCGUUCGCCACUUCGUCGAAGCUGCUGCACCACCGGCGGCAAUCGCACCGGGCCGCAAACGCCGCAAACGCCGCCGCCGUGUCCGAAACGGCCCCCGCCACCUCCGCCCCCGCCCGCGCGCCGCCCGUUCCGCUGCCCCGUCUGCGGACGCCAGUUCGCGCAGUCCUCGGACGCCGUCAAACACGGGAGGACCCACACGGGCGAGCGGCCAUUUUCCUGCCCGCUGUGCCCGCUCUCGUUCACCCAGCUGUCCACGCUCCUCAACCACCAGCGCAUACACCUCGGCCACAAGCCCCACCGCUGCCACGUCUGCCAGCGCUCCUUCACCCAGCUCUCCACGCUGCUCAACCACCGGCGCACACACACCGGAGAGAGACCCUAUCGCUGCUCCGAGUGCCCCAAAGCCUUCGCCCAAUCAUCGAGCCUCCUCAACCACAAACGCACGCACACACUCGACACACACUCGCACUGGACGGGGGGGGAAGGGGAGAGAGAGGGAGAGGGGGAGACGGAGGGAGAGGCACCUUACUGUACAUAAAUAUACACAAAAAUGAAUGGAGAUGUUGAUUGGUCAAGUAUUCACAUACAAGGAAUUUGCUUCCCUGCUCCGACCCGCAAGUGACAACAUGACACAUACAGUGACAGUUAGGACGGACGCAUAAAACAUUAAACAUUAACACACAUGUACACACGUACACACACACACAUGCACUCACACACACGUAC